GUCAAGCUUGAAUUCAUGGCGGAUGCAGCCAGUGAGCCCCGUCAUGCUGCAAUUAGUGAACAGACUGACUACGAACGGAGUAACCUGAAUCUCUCAAUCAGGCAAACGUUUGCAUCUGCAAUGAACCAGACUCCUGUUUCACAGAAAGCCACACUUGGUCAAUCUUUUCAAUCACAUACUUUGCACUCAAGACUUCAAGCUCGACCACCGAUGACAAAUUAUGGACCAAAGGCAGUAGAAAGAAGGAACACGGCAGAUUAUUCGUCUUCUAGUGGUAACAGUGACAGUGACAGUGAUGGAGACAGAAAGCAACAGAAACCUGCUCUAACACGUAAGAGUGAGGCAUAUGCCACAUUUGCAUUUGGCUUUUUUUGGGUUUUGAAAAGUGUUAUUCCGAAUCGAUAUCAGAAGAUUCGUGAGACUGUAAAGGAUGUUGUGUUGGCUGCAUUCUUUGAUGAAGGAUUUCUUGAUAAAUUCGUCGGUCAAAAGAUCGGACAGUUUGCUACGAGUAAUGAUGCUGGAAAGCGUCUGCAAACAAUCCUGGAGUCGCCUGCUGUCGAGCAACUUAUCAACAUAAAACUGGAUGGUUUGUAUGGUCAUUCGGAAGGUGAAGUUUUAAGACUCAUAGGAAUAGAGAGACAUCAACUCAGACCGAUGGUCAAACCAUUGCUCUUGGGUCUUGCCGCUGACUUGGCUCCUGGCAUAGCAACUAAACUUGCCGGAUCUAAAGGAGCUGCUGCUGUGUGGUUAAAGCAGGAACUCGAUGUAUAUAUGACGUUACGUCUGCAAGAAUUGACAAGAGAGCGUGUCUCAUCACUUCUUCGCCAGGUUAUCGCUAAACAUUUGGGUUGGAUUAUUGUGUGGGGAACUGUGUUUGGUGCAAUCGUUGGUGUCAUCUGCGAAGCAGCUAGUAUUUCACCACAAUACUAACUGUUAAUAUAAUACUUAUUUUAUCAUCGUACUUUUCAUGUUGUAUUAAAGUUGGUAAUUUUUCAUGAAAGUAGAGACAUUUUAAAUGAAUUAUAGCUCCCAGAAAGCAUCUGAUUGCGAUUCGAUUUCCUCAUCAUCGAGAGGAGAUUUGUUGCCUAUUUGUGGAUUAUCUUUGUAGUGGUGGUUUGUGAUAGAUUGGGAGAGAUCACUGCCAAAACAAUCGGGUGAUUUUGGGACUGUCUGGUCAGUAGAGUCUUCUUGCCAUUCAAGUUCAUCCUCCCACAUCCAUUCUUCACCAUCACAUUUUGAGUAAUCUUGGUUAGUGUUUCUGCUCCCGUCGUACUCCCAUUCUGUUUCAUCGCUUACAUCACUCUCUUGACUUGAAGCUAACGGUUUCCUAACAUCCAAGUUUGUACCGUCGAGUGAUGAAACUUUGCGUAUAUCUUCUUUUGUGCAAAAUUGUUUGCCAACGGAUUCAACGUCGUCGUCCCAGUCGUCAAAAAUUGUCCAAUCUGUCGGAUCUUCAUCGGUUUGUUGGUCCCUAGGUGUGCAUGCUAGUGAUGAUUGUGUGUUGUGCCAGAGAUCUGGUGUGUCGAAAUCGUGCACUAGUUGGCUUAGUGUACAGUUAGGCUCUGUAGGAUUGGAUGAGUUCUCGUUAUACCAAACACUGUCAUUCUAUAAGGUCAGUCUGAUGAGUUGUUACAGACUCACUUACACAUCUAUAUUCUUACCUCAA